AUGAAUUAUAAUAUAUUAAGUAAAGUUGUAAUCUUAAAAAGAGCAAUUAAUGAUUAUGAAAAUGAAAUUAAAUUUGAAGAUUUGCAAAUUUUUCCUAUUGAAGAUUAUGAAGUAUUUUAUAUAUGA